UACAGAGGAGGAGCCGUGUGCUUUGUCUGCACUGUGACCGCGCAAAGUUCAGCCGGAGCAGAAGAGGCCGGAAGAUGUGGAGACAACUGCUGGAUAAUGGCAGGGAGGCCCUUUGCACUCGAUGGCCUCACAGUCUGCUGGUCCCGGCCACAGCUCUAGGUGUGGGGGGUGCGCUGCUCUGCUGGAAGCUGCACAACAGGAAGGUGAAAUCCAUUGAGCUGGGAGAAGGAUGGUGGGGCCCUGGGGAGAGACCCCACUUACUGAGUGAGGACACCAGUGUUAGACCAUUCAUCAUCGAGGCCUCCAAAGAAGAGAUUGAGGACCUCCAUGAACGUCUUGACCGCACGCGGCUCUUUUCACCUCUGGAGGACUCCAGAUUUCACUACGGGUUUAACUCUACCCAGCUGAAGAAAGUUAUUUCAUAUUGGAGGAAUGAGUUCGACUGGCAGAAGCAAGUGAAGAUCCUCAACCGAUACCCCCAUUAUAAGACCACUAUAGAAGGUCUGGAGGUGCAUUUCCUCCAUGUGAAGCCCCCACAAGUGUCCUCCAGACAAAAAGUUCUUCCCUUGCUGAUGGUCCACGGCUGGCCAGGAUCCUUUUAUGAGUUUUAUAAGAUAAUUCCGCUUCUGACAGACCCAGGGAAGCAUGGCUUGGACCCCAACAUUGUCUUUGAGGUCAUCUGUCCAUCUAUCCCGGGAUAUGGCUUCUCAGAGGCAUCACACAAGAAAGGAUUCACGGCCUUAGCUGCGGCCCGGAUAUUCUACAAGCUGAUGCUUCGACUUGGAUUCAAAGAAUUCUACACGCAGGGUGGAGACUGGGGCAGCAGAAUCACCACGCUCCUAUCUCAGAUGAAGCCGGAGUCAGUAAAGGGCCUCCACCUCAAUUUCGUGAUGCUCCCGUUUGGAGGACUGCGGAGGCUGAAAUCCCUGAUUAUCGGCCGCUACGCUCCCUGGCUUGUGGGUCUGACGCGGGAAGACGCCAGGCGUAUAUAUCCAUACAUGGAGAAGAAUGUGUUCGCCAUUGUCCUGGAGAGCGGGUACCUCCACAUACAGGCCACCAAACCGGACACUGUCGGUUCUGCUCUGAACGACUCUCCAGCUGGACUCGCGGCCUACAUCCUGGAGAAGUUUUCCACCUGGACAGACAAUGCGUUCCGCGAUCUAGAAGAUGGCGGCCUAACCAGGAAAUUAUCUCUUGAUGAUCUCCUGACCAAUGUGAUGAUCUACUGGACCACUGGAUCAAUCGCAUCUUCCAUGAGGUUCUACAAGGAGAAUUUCCCAAGGAAUUAUAGCCGCACCCCAGACACCAAGAUUGGGGUGCAUGUGCCAACCGGUAUUGCUGCAUUCCCCUGUGAGAUCGUGCACGCCCCUCGGGUUUGGGCAAAGGAGAAGUUUAGGAACAUUGUCACCUACACAUUUAUGCCCCGCGGGGGGCACUUUCCUGCCUUUGAAGAGCCAGAACUGUUGGCCCGCGACAUCCAGAACUUUGUGUUGAAGGUGGAGAAGCUGUAAAAUGGGGAGUGGCCUUAUAACGUCAGAUGG